AUGCCGCUUCCCAUGAAGGUGUCCCAGCUUUGGAUGGGGAAGCGAGGUCUCCUCUUCUGGAGCAACAAACUGGCAUGGGCUGCCGUGAUAGGCGUCGGGGUGUUGUGGGUUGUGUUUCGCUUCGUUGGUCCGGCGCUGGGCUUGUACCAGCUACAAAGCGACCUGUCUACUCCAAACCUGCUCUGA